ACGUAAAACGAACUUGCCCAUCGAUACAAGGAAGGUAGACAUAUUUGUAAAAAAAAAAGAAAAGAAAAAAGUAAACAAACUGAAAUCAAUUGUGUUCGUGACAUUUAAUGCUAAGGGGAAGACAACUUUGAUUGGGAAAGGUUGUAGCUUGAUAGCUACGUUUGUCAUGUUACUUUCAUUUUUUUAAUGCAAAAAUAAAUGUCCAGUCUGAUAGUCGGAUGUUGAAGUUGUCAAGCCCAAGGAAAUUGCGUCAGUUUUUCCUCGACAUACUGAUAAAGGCCCCAAUCUAAUAGCCCACUGUGAAGGCUUAGGCUGUCAUAAUGUCGGAGCCCAAGGCACCCACCCCGACUCCGGCUGGAGACACAUACAAAGGAUGGCUAUUCAAAUGGACAAAUUACAUCAAGGGCUACCAGCGACGAUGGUUCGUCUUGAGCAACGGUUUACUAUCCUACUACAGGACCCAGGCGGAGAUGGGCCACACGUGCCGGGGCACCAUCAACCUGGCCACGGCCAACAUCGCGGUGGAGGACUCGUGCAACUUUGUUAUCUCCAACGGCGGGGCACAGACCUACCACCUGAAGGCCAGCUCUGAGGUGGAGCGGCAGCGCUGGAUCACCGCCCUGGAGCUGGCCAAGGCCAAGGCUGUCCGUAAUCAGGCCGAGUCUGAUGACUCUGGUGAUGAGUGUCCGACGUCACCCCCAACCUCGGGACAGGGUGGAGGGGCACGUAACUCUAACUCAGAGGUACAGUCCACACUGCGCACGCUGGGCAGCAAGGUGGAAGACCUGAGCACCUGCAACGACCUCAUCGCCAAGCACGGCUCCGCCCUCCAAAGGUCCCUGUCAGAGCUGGAGGGGGUGCGUCUGGGAGGCGACACGGAUGGCAAGAUCCGGCAGGUGACUGAGAGAGCCACGUUGUUCCGCAUCACCUCCAACGCUAUGAUCAACGCAUGCAGAGACUUCUUAGCGCUGGCCCAGGCCCACAGUAAACGGUGGCAGAAAGCCCUGCAUUCGGAGCGGGACCAGAGGAUAAGGCUGGAGGAAACAUUGGAGCAGCUUGCCAAGCAGCACAACCACCUGGAGAGGGCUUUCAGAGGGGCCACCGUACUGCCCCUCUCCCAGAGCAACCCUGCCCUGAACAGCAAGAGUUUGGGCUCAGCAAAGGGAGACGCAAGCGACGAGGAUGAUGAAAACGAGUUCUUUGACGCUAUGGAGGACCCGGCAGGGUUCAUCACUGUACCGGCCGACCCCAAGUAUCAUAGAAGGUCAGGAAGUAACAUCAGUGGUCUCAGUGCUGAGACUGGAAUCGAUGACCAAUCGCUUUGUGACGAGCAGUCGUUGGGGUCCAAUCCGGAGUCGCCCCAGUCCCUGGAGGUGGAGCCAGUGAGGAAGAGGCGGACCAAAAUCCCAGACAAGCCCAACUAUUCGCUGAACCUCUGGAGCAUCAUGAAGAACUGCAUUGGCAAAGAGCUCUCCAAGAUCCCCAUGCCUGUGAACUUCAACGAGCCCAUCUCCAUGCUGCAGCGUCUAUCCGAGGACUUGGAGUACUACGAGCUCCUGGACAAGGCGGCUAAAUGCCAGAGCUCUCUGGAGCAACUGUGCUACGUGGCUGCCUUCACCGUAUCAUCCUACUCCACUACGGUCCACCGUACAGGGAAACCCUUCAACCCCCUACUGGGGGAGACCUACGAACUGGACCGGCUGAGGGAGAGCGGCUACCGUUCACUGUGUGAACAGGUGAGUCACCACCCGCCUGCAGCUGCUCAUCAUGCCAUCUCAGAGAGAGGCUGGACCCUCCGACAGGAGAUCUCCCUCGCCAGCAAGUUCAGGGGAAAAUACCUCUCCAUCAUGCCUCUGGGCUCUAUCCAAUGUGUGUUUGAGAAGAGCAACAAUCACUACUCGUGGAAGAAAGUCACUACAACAGUACACAACAUCAUUGUGGGCAAAUUGUGGAUCGACCAGUCGGGAGAGAUAGAUGUGGUGAACCACCGGACCGGCGACUGCUGCCAUCUCAAGUUCGCCCCGUACAGCUACUUCUCCAGAGACGUGGCCAGGAAGGUGACUGGUGUGGUGACCGACAAGGAGGGUAAGGCCCACUAUGUGCUGUCAGGGACGUGGGAUGAGAAGAUGGAGUUCUCCAGGGUGAUGCAGAGCAAUAAGGGAGAGAACGGCACCGAGGGCAAACAGAAGACCGUCUACCAGACGCUCAAAGCCAAGGAGCUCUGGAAGAAGAACCCACUACCCGAGGGAGCGGAGACCAUGUACUACUUCUCGUCGCUGGCGCUGACGCUGAACGAGUCCGAGGAGGGCGUGGCGCCCACCGACAGCCGGCGACGGCCCGACCAGCAGCUGAUGGAGGCGGGCCGGUGGGACGAGGCCAACGCCGAGAAGCAGCGGCUGGAGGAGAAGCAGAGGAGCGUCCGCCGCGAGAGGGAGAGAGAGGCCCAGCGUGCAGCCAACCUGCCCGAGGAGGGGGCAGAAGGGGUGGAGGUAGCGGAGGACGCGGACCCCGACGAUUCUCCACCUCACACUCCAACCUCACGUGGUCCGUCCCUCUCAGAGUAUCAAAUGGAUGACAUGGAAGGUCAUUAUGGAGCUGCGGUCAAAAGCGUCCACCAGGACAACUAUGAGGCGAUGUGGUUUGAGCGGACUGAGGACGUCAUCACGGGAGAGUCCAUGCACGUCUACAAGGGGGGCUACUGGGAGGCGAAGGACCACGGCAACUGGGACAUGUGCCCAGAUAUAUAUUGAGCCCCCCCCGAUCAGCGAAUUGUACUAACCCAGGCAUUUGGAACAAGCCACCCUUUUUCCCCCAAUUGAAGAAGGGACAAACUGGGUAUCGACCCUGUUUAACCCCAACCCUCCCUCUUUCAGGAUAGAUUUUGGGUUGUAAUGCCCCUUACCUCUCCCCUAUCACUCUCUGUGAGGAUGGUGUGUAUAGGGGCGGUGAGAUCCUGUAGGACAAUGCAACCAGGCAGGGGGAAAGACCUGCCUUCAUCUUCCGUGUAGGGUCAAGUUGCCCCUAGAUGCUGAUCUGGGGUCAGUUUUGCAUUUCCCCCCGCUAAUGUUUAAGGUCAGGAUUGGGGGGGCCGAGCUGAUCCUAGAUCUGUAACUAGGGAAAACGUCACCCCUGAAGCUUCAUCUUCACUAUUAGAUAUCUCCCUUUAGAGCCACUGGCUAGACCUCUGUGUCUUCUGUUUCUUCCUUUGCUGCUCUCUUUCUCACCCACUCCAUCUCUUGCUAUGUUAGUCUGUGGAAAAGACUGGGGGCAGAUAGAUUCUAGCGAUUUAACAAUAUCAAACACUAACUCUACCUUGCUCCUCUUCCAAAGGAUAUGGACUAAAUGCAAAUGGACAUGAACAGUUUGUGAGAGUAUGUCUGUGUGUGUGAAGAGGGGUGUUAUAAUAGCAAUGGGUUGGUGCUUAUGUCUGCUUUGAGGCUGACAGAUUUUCAAAGCUUCACAAAUGCUGUUUUAAGGUGUUUUUGUUGAGAGAAAGGGGGUAAGCAACAAAUGCAGGAGCCCACGUGUGUGUGUGUGUGUGAACCCGGUGACAUCACAUUAGCUUCUCUGCUGUGGCUAUUUGGGCUUGGAGCCUGUUAUCCCUCUCGAAGCAGCGGAAUCGGCUAAAUGAAGGAUGUAUCGUCAUAAAAUACUAUUUAAAACAGGUCCUACAUCCCAAAGAUGACUUUCACCUCUUCAACAGCAAAACAAUCUAGCGUAGCCUUAUCAUUUUUUUUUAGGGUUAGUGUAUGAAGCAGACAACCAUAACAUAUUGGAAUAGUGGCCUAGUAAUUUGUGUCCAAAAUGGCACCCUAUUCCCUAUAAAGGGCACUUCUUUUGACCAGGCCCUGGUCAAAAGUAGUACACUAUAAAUGAAUAGGGAUUACUCGUAAUCUACUCUAGUUGAAGUGUGUGUGCACUAGUACAGAAUGUGAGCUUGAGUGUGAGGUCCAAAAAUAAGAAAUCACAUUUUAUUUUCAAGUGUACUUACAAAAUGUUUUUGAGACAGAGGGAAAAAAACACAGAACAUUGCUAAUGUGUGUAUGUGUAUAUAUAUCAAAGUAAUAAUUAGUGCUAUUAAUAUUGAUUAGUUAGAUCUAAGUAUGGUGAUUUGUAUUUAAGGUCAGAGAGAACUCCCAUUUGUUUCUGUAAAAUAGAACAUGACUGUUUCUCCUAGAACUGGAUUGUCCUCCAUUAAUUGUAAGUCAACUAACUAGUUUCAUUACUUGUUUUCUCAUACUCCCUGGCCCCGUACACACUCACGUUGUACAAUACAUUUGAUCCAGUUACUGCUGUGAAGACACCACAAUAGUUGUAAAAAAAAUAUCAGCAUCAAAACCAUUGUCAGGUGUUGUACAACUAGAGUUUACUGGACCUGUCUUGAGUUGAAUGUCCAUUGUAUUGUUCAUAGUCUUGAGUUUUCACUGUCUUUCCAUUCAUCUUCCCUCCAUUUGUUGUAGUUCCCCAUUGUUUUAAGCUCAUUCAUUCUCUUAUGGAUCUUGGUCAGGGCACAGAGUAUAACAGCAUCACAGGGUGAUGUAAUAAAGCCUGACUGGAGAAGUGCA